AAUAAAAAUAAAAACAUUUUCCAAAAACAAAACAAACGAAUAAAAUGUGUUUCCGACCACACAAACCUUCAGAGACAGCGCGAAACUCAGUGCAGAAUCCGAACCCACCUCUCUUUCUCGCCCUCUCUUUACCACUUACCGGUUUUGUGCGGUCGCCGAUUUUUCUUCGUCUUCCUCUCCAACCUUUUUGCCCUUUGAAGCUCCAUAACAAUGGCGGACCAUGAUGAUAUCUCCAAGCCUCUACUCUCGCAUAGUCCCCACUUAAUAUUAACCAUCCAAAACGAUGAUCCACAAACCAAUCGACGAUCUUCCCCACGAAAUCACCAUCAUCGCAAUCGCAACCAUGUCGUUGGCAAGGACAAAGAUUCCAACGCCGAUUCUCGCAGCAACCCAUUUUCGUUUCUGGGAUUGGAUUGGUUCAGGGUGCCCGGAACGAAUACUGUUGACCCGUUUCGCAACCACACCGUUAAGAUUGAAGGAAUCUACGAGUGGGUUAAGAUCGUGAUCUGCCUGCCUAUAGCUCUGGUUCGUCUCGUGCUUUUUGGGGCUUGUCUUUCUGUGGGUUAUCUCGCUACCAGGUUGGCUCUUGCAGGUUGGAAAGAUAGGCAGAACCCUAUGCCCAAAUGGAGGUGUAGAAUCAUGUGGAUUACUCGGUUCUGUGCUCGAUUUAUUCUUUUUUCUUUUGGCUAUCACUGGAUAAAACGGAAAGGGAAACCUGCUCCUAGGGAAUUAGCCCCGAUAGUUGUAUCUAAUCAUUUAUCGUUUGUUGAACCUAUCUUUUAUUUCUAUGAAUUGUCUCCUACCAUUGUGGCAUCUGAGUCCCAUGAUUCCCUACCUUUUGUUGGAACUAUCAUCAGAGCAAUGCAGGUUAUAUAUGUUAAUAGGUUCUCACCACCCUCAAGAAAACGCGCUGUUAAUGAAAUAAAGAGAAAGGCUGCUUGUGAUAGAUUUCCUCGAGUGCUUUUGUUUCCUGAGGGAACCACAACCAAUGGAAGGUCCCUUAUUUCAUUCCAACUCGGUGCAUUUAUUCCUGGUUAUCCAAUCCAACCGGUAGUUGUUCGUUAUCCCCAUGUACACUUUGAUCAGUCUUGGGGGAACAUAUCUUUAGGAAUGCUUAUGUUUAGAAUGUUCACACAGUUCCACAAUUUCAUGGAGGUAGAGUAUCUUCCUGUUAUGUCACCUCUUGAUAAUAAAAAAGAAAGUGCUGCGCGUUUUGCUCAAAGGACAAGCUAUGCUAUUGCAAGUGCAUUGAAUGUUGUACGGACAUCUCAUUCCUAUGGAGACAUAAUGCUUCUCGAGAAGGCAUUACAGGCUAAAAAGGAGAACCCUUCAGCUUAUUUGGUUGAAAUGGCUAGUGCGGAGUUGUUACACCAUAUGAGCAGCUUGGAUGCUGUAGAUUUUCUGGAUAAGUUUCUGUCCAUGAAUCCAGACCCCAGUGGUCUCGUUAAAUAUCAUGAUUUUGUGAAGGUUUUGAGGCUCAAGGAUUGCACUUUAGUCGAGGAGAUAUUUUCAUUCAUUGAUGUUGAGAAGAGUGAAGCAAUCACAUUCAAGCAGUUUUUAUUUGCAUCAGCAAACGUAAGGAAGCAGCCACUAUUCCAACGGGCCUGUGAAUUAGCAUUUACCGAAUGUGAUGCUGGAGGAAAUGGUUACAUUUCAGAGCAAAAUUUAGGAGAUUCCAUCAGACCUGCAAUUCCAAACAUAAAUGAGGAUGAGGUCCAUCAGCUUUUUGAUUUAUUUGAUGCUGAUAGUGAUGGGAAGAUCAGUAAAGACGAAUUUUUAACCUGCCUGAGAAAGAAUCCACUGCUUAUAGCACUUUUCUCACCUUUUUUGUUGCACAAGGAUCUAUCAGAUGAGUAGUAGGAAGCAGUAGGAAAUGAUAUAGUGGAAGAAUUUUCGAUGCUAUGGAGGAGAGCUUUUGUGUAACAUUUGUAUCACUGAUAGGCUGGUUUUGAUUUGUGGGGACUAGAUGGUUUUUCAGUGCCAGGGGGCAUCAAUAUUUUUACAACCUUGCCCCCCCAAAAAUUGCUCAUAACACAGAUUUCACCCCUACAUACACACUUUUGGUUGUUAGUCUGUAAGUUUCCGUAUUAUUAUUCCUUACGAACUAAUUUUACAUAAACUCUAGGGCAUUAAGGUUGCAAUUAUUUGUCUGCGUUGGUAUGUAAAAUCAUCUGAGUUGAUGUGUCUUGACUUAGCGAUGUGCCAUCUUUGGUUGAGUGUUCAUUAUGAUAAAAUAUUCAUACUAUCUUCUUCAUUUUCCAAAUGAAAGCUCAAGAUUAUCUGACCUGCAUACUUUGUGCAAGUCAUCUUAAUUACCAUCCCAGGCCUAAAUUGAUUCAAUGGGAUGGGCUUUGGGAAGUUCUUUUUGCCGUGGUUUUAAGAACGUAUAGUUUUUCGUUUGUAAAGCGAGCCAUGCAUGCAAAAUGCUCAAAUUUACAACAAAAGAUGAUAUAUAUAUAUAUAUAUAUAUGAAUAUAUGAAGGACGGUAAAGAAAACGUGAUAAUUUUUGAAGAUCAGAUAUAAUUAAUUUGAUUUAGUUCUACAUAACAAUUUAUACAAUAUCAAUGAAAUCCUCCAAUUACAAGUUUUUAAAAUACUAACUGAAACUAGAGUAUGAUUUAGUAGUUGUCAUAUCUAAUUAACUGCAAAUGAAAUACACAUCUAAUGAAGGUGGGG